ACAAACACAAACACACGCACAGUUGUCGUCGUUGGUUGUUGUGUGGCGAGCAAACGCCAUUCUCUGAGUAAAUCUCACUCUCAAUAAUUUCUCAAAUUCCGUCCUGUUCAAUUUUCUUCAUAAUUAAUUAAGCAUGGCGGCGGCGGCCACGCUCGGCCUCCCCAAACUUGUUCCUUCAAAGCAAAAGCAAAAGCAACAGCAACCCCAUUUCCAUUCCAAAUUACUAGUCUCACUAGUUUCCCACACCCAACAGACAAUCAUUUCAAAAUCAUCAUCUCAAAACCAACCCUUAAGCAAAGAUAUUAAUAAUAAUAAUACUCAAAAACUCCUCCUCAAUCAAACAACGGCACUACUUCACCACCUCAAAUCAGCUUCUCUCCCUCUAACAGCACUCGCAUUGCCUUUCUUUUUACACCCCGAGGAUGCGGUUGCUGCUGGAGGGGAAUUUGGGAUAUUUGAAGGGAGAUCGUUUGCAUUGAUACAUCCGAUAGUGAUGGGUGGUCUUUUUAUAUACACUGUGUAUGCUGGUUAUCUUGGCUGGCAAUGGAGGAGGGUUCGCACUAUACAGGAGGAGGUUUCUGACCUCAAGAAGCAACUCAAGCCUGUCCCCGUCACCCCCGACGGCGCCGCACCAGCAACUCCGUCGUCGUCGUCGCCGCUUGAAGCCAAGAUCCAGCAGCUCACUGAGGAAAGGAAGGAGUUAAUAAAAGGGUCAUACAGAGAGAAGCACUUCAACGCAGGAUCCAUAUUGCUUGCUUUUGGUGUGUCUGAAGCUAUAUUUGGUGGUCUCAAUACUUGGCUCCGCACUGGAAAGCUUUUCCCUGGACCUCAUCUUUUUGCUGGUGCAGGCAUAACAAUUCUAUGGGCAGCUGCUGCUGCAUUAGUACCUCCAAUGCAGAAGGGAAAUGAAGCUGCUAGAAAUCUUCACAUUGCUCUCAAUCUCUUCAAUUUACUCCUCUUCAUUUGGCAGAUCCCUACUGGAAUCGACAUUGUCUUCAAAGUUUUUGAAUUCACUAAAUGGCCUUGAUUCAUAACAACCCAGUUGUUUAUAUGUUUGUUCUUCUAUGCUUGUAUCCCAUGAUUUUUCCUAAAUUCAUUUUAUAUAUACAUUCUUUCAAAUAUAAACGGACCGAUUUGUCUUUCAAUGUAUAGUCUCUUGUUGUUAAAAUUAGCCAGUGAACUACAAAGUAUCAAACGGUGGAGAGUGUGCUACUCCUAUAAUAAUUAAUGUCAUUGGUUCCUA